UGACGCAAUCAUUAGGCGACGGUGAAGCUCCCCACUUUUGCUGUGUAAUCCGAAGAGCAGGAGCUCCAACGCGGUUUCAGCCUCCUUGUUUUUUCCUAAUAAUCCACAUUUUGCUUGCCGGACAUCAUGGAAUAUUUAAUCGGGAUUCAGGGGCCGGACUACGUGCUGGUCGCCGCUGAUAAUGUGGCCGCUAGCAGCAUUAUUCAGAUGAAACACGACUAUGACAAGAUGUUCAAGCUGAGUGAGAAGAUCCUGCUGCUGUGUGUGGGGGAGGCAGGAGACACGGUGCAGUUUGCUGAGUACAUCCAGAAGAACGUUCAGCUCUACAAGAUGAGGAACGGUUAUGAACUGAGUCCCUCAGCAGCUGCCAACUUCACACGGAAGAACCUGGCAGACUACCUCCGGAGCAGGACUCCGUACCACGUCAACCUACUGCUGGCGGGCUUCGACGAGUCCGACGGGCCGGGCCUGUUCUACAUGGACUACCUGGCGUCGCUGGCCAAGGCGCCGUUCGCCGCCCACGGAUACGGCGCCUUCCUCACGCUGUCCAUCCUGGACCGCUACUACAAACCAGAUCUGACCCGGGAAGAGGCCGUGGACCUGCUGAAGAAGUGCAUCGAGGAGCUGAACAGACGCUUCAUCCUGAACCUGCCGUCCUUCAACGUCCGUCUGAUCGACAAGGACGGGAUCCACGACAUGGAGAAGAUCGCCCUCGGAACCAAGUGACCCGGCUCCUCCCCUCCAGAACCUCCCGCUCCAGUUUUUGUACCGACAACCUUUGUUCUGUUGCUGUUCUAAUAAACCUUCCCAGGAAA